AUGGCUUCAGGGUUGAGCGGCAUCGGGUUCGCAUGGACGAUGUUAAGCUGUAUUGCGACUGCAUUAAUUAUUGUCGCCGUGCUCUCGCCAGAAUGGUUGAUCGGGAAGGUUGUAGUCGACAACCAUCACAUGCCCGCCUACUUUGGCGCCUACAAACGAUGCAAUUACGCCGUGUACGAUCGGACGACCAAGAAAGUGACUCUCGUGAAAGAAUGCGGGAUCUACGAGUCCUUCGCCGCGAUGCCGUCCCUUUAUUGGCAACUGGCAGCCGUGUCGGCGUUUUCUGGAGCGGCUCUUUCAUUAAUGCUAGUUUUACUCCUGAUUCCUUCAAUGUGCCUUCGUGAAGUCGUCACUCACGGCACCGCGCCGGUUGUGGGAUUUUUUCAAAUUAUCGCUGCAAUCCUCCUCUCCACGGCCGGGGUUUUGUACCCUUUCGGUUGGGAUAGUCAAGAAGUUCGAGAUGCUUGCGGUGAUCAGGCAGACAAAUUUAAUCCAGGGGCCUGCCAAGUCGGGAAAGCCUUCAAAUCGAUGUGUCUCGGUGCGGGGAUGCUGGUGCUCUGCUGCUUAUUGUCGUUUUGCGGUGGGAAGAAGCGGAAACGGAGAUGGUCACUUGCCGUACGGCAAGACGAAGUGAUACGCGGCUACGAACAGGCGUCUACUAAAGCA